CAGAGUAGACUGGGCAGUCCGAAGACGCACGGUUAGCGAGACAACUAUCAAACUACGGCGGCCUUACAAGUCGUUUAAAUGACCUAAAUUAUCUCCACCGGUAAACAAUGUGACCAAGUGAGGACGACGCAGUGGGGAGGACUGUCAGAAACACAUGACAACCAACUUUGGUUGGUUGAGAGAGGCGCGCCAUGGAAUCUCAGCCGAGUGUGUUCAAUGAAGAGAGGAACAUUCUCCGCCUCCGAGCAUGGGAACAGAGGAACCAAGAAGCAAGCCAAGCCAAAGCACUCAACCAAGAGAGCAUGCCACUCUUUGGGCAACCAUACAAGACAAACAAGGGGGAUGAGCUUUCCAGUAAAAUCCAGAAGAUGCUGGGAAGUUAUGAAGAUGUGAAUAAUCCCAAUCCAGUUGCUGUAGAGCCAUUACCCAUUCCUUCUUACGUAACCUACACACAGUCUGAGCAGGGUCUGACAAACACAGAUAUAUCAACACAACCUCCAUUCCAUAACCAGCUCUGUAACAAGUCCAACCAAAGUCAGAGAGCUCCAUCAAGUAGCGGCUACUCCUCUCAGCCCACGAGGACGUCUACUGCUUUUUCUCCUAACAACUGUGGACAUCUAUCAACUCUCUCAGCACAUCGACAGAAGAAUAGUGAAGCCCAUUCAGAUCGCAGGGAGCAGGAGAUUUCUUCUCUGUGUCCGGAUCCUAAGCAACUACCGUUUCUACGUGCCAGUGACCUUGAAAACACCGACAUGGAUACGAAGGACACCUUUGAUAGACAUCAGUUGCAGAAAUCCACAAAUGACCCCACUGAGUCUGGCUGCACAGUGGAGGUUUCCACGUUUAACCUCAAACAGUCCCCCAAAGAUGCACCCCAGCCUCAGGGCAACAAGGGUAAUGCACUACCCUCCCAGACGUUCCCUUCACUCCUGUCAUCUAAGCAGCCCUGUGUAGUCAUGACCCAGAAGCCAACAGCGUAUGUGCGACCCAUGGAUGGCCAGGACCAGGUGGUCAGUGAGUCACCUGAGCUAAAACCUUCACCAGAGCCAUAUGUACCUCUGCCAGAGUUUAUCAGCAAAUCUGAACAGGGCAAAGGAAAGAUACUGCCACAAUUUCUGGAGACGAGCAUAAAUGAAGCUCAAUGUGUGGAGGACAUCUUAAAGGAAAUGACACACUCAUGGCCUCCACUCCUAACAGCGAUACACACACCUGGCACAGGUGAACCCUCCAAGUCCCCUUUUCAGACUAAGGAAGCAGAGCGUGUCUCUUCAUGUCCAGGUCAAAAAAACUACAAUUCCUCGACAGAUCCAUCCCAGCCCACCCAGCAGAGCUCUUCAUCUUCAUUACAAGCAGCACAUUCCAGACGGGUAGAGUCUGCCAGCUCCAGCGACUCAGAGAGCAGCUCCAGAUCAGAAUCGGACAGUGAGAGCGCCACGGAGGAGCCACCUCGACCCCCAGUGAGCAACUCGGUCAAAUCUGAGCCUGAUGCUCCAGCGGUGACCCAUGUUGAUUGGCAGUUGGGGAACUGGAUCAGGUCCAGUCACGGCUCAAGAAGCGAGAACCAAAGUGUCGCACAGGCCUCUGACAGCCCCCCUCACAAACCGCCUCGCCCAGCACAGAGCACCAAUCACUCCGUUGUGGAGGUAGUGGACCCCACCAGAGAGUCUAAACCUCAGGUGUCUUCUCACCAGAAAGAGUCCACUGACAGCCUCGGAAAACUGCAGGUGUGCAGGGAAAGCCCUCAGGACAACUACAACCAGCAAAGUAGCCAAAAAUCCCCCUCUGCUGAUAGGAAAAGCUGCAGUCGUUUGAGGAAACUUUCAUGUAAUCCACACUCCUCAAAAUCAGCAAAGGCAGGCUGCCCAGAAGUCACUCUCGGCUUAAAGUGUGAGGAUGUGGUAGCCACGCGCGACAAAGACCCGUGUUUCACAGACAGACCAAAAGUAAAGACAAAAACUGGACACGGCAGAAAAAGCAAAGACGGCAGUGUCGCUAAAGGAGACGAUAAAAGGACUUCUAAACACAAAUUACUCGACAAGCAAAAAGUCGAAUCGGAGCCUGAUGUUAAGCUAGUCCUGCAUGGUCAGUGUCCGUCAUGCAGGGUUCGAUUUCCUAACCCCUGCUCCUGCCCCACCCAGAGUCUUGCACAGCCGGAUCAGCUGUCUCCUGCCCCAUCGGUCAAAAUUAAUUGUAGCAAACCAAAGACAGAGACGAUCUGCCAGAAGGGCGCCAAGACUCCUCACAAAACAACCCCAAAACACUUGGGAAAGACUGGGCAUACAGCCAAAAGUACUCAGGACCCCCACAGGCCUCCUAGAUCCCUGCUGGUGAGGAUUGAUCUAAGUCUCCUUUCAAGAGUCCCUCAGUCCUCAGGCGGCCACCAGGAGACGGGCUGCAAAUCCAAGAGAUCGGUGGUGGUCGUAGAGCAGGAUGGAAGGGGUGGUGAUGCUGCUACAAUACACAAACUCAGCAAAACCAGCAAAAAGAGUAUACCUCAAAAUGUUGAGGUAGAAAUUAAAACUGUUCCCAGGAAGAAACAGAGGCUGGAAAACCAGAAUACCUCAUCAAGUCACCUACCUGACAAAAUGGACUCGUCCAGCAUUUCAACAGAGGGCUUGGAGCGGAAGAAGGCAAAGAAAAAUCCUUUGCAGCAGCCUGGGAAACCCAAAGACUCUGAGAAAGACUCGAAGUUACACAAUAGGCUGACAGAGGGGGCACAGGAGAGCAGUAAGAAGGCUGUUGAUGGCAAAGACUCGCGGAAGAACAAGAGGCGCAGCGGAAAGCCCACGGAGUGUCCACAAUUAGAGAAGCAGAAGCUCCCAAAGAGCGGCGCGGCGUCAUCUUCACAGUCCACCAGGGAAGCUUUGACCCCACGGCCCCUGCUGCGGUUAGAGGACAGGCAGUAUCCAGUGAAGCAUUACAUAAAGGAGGCCAAAAAACUGAAGCACAAAGCCGAUGCAGAGUCAGAUAAGCUGAAUAAAGCUUUUAUCUACCUGGAAGCAGCCAUGUUCUUUGUCGAGAGUGGAAUAGCCAUGGAAAAAGAUCCACAGAUCUCAACGUCUUCCUACACUAUGUUUGCAGAGACGGUGGAACUGCUCAAGUUUGUACUGAAACUUAAAAACCCAGUGGACCCCUCGGCCCCUCCACCAGAAAAGGACUUUUUAGCUUUAUGUUUGAAGUGCCAGUCUCUCCUGCAGAUGGCGAUGUUUCACCACAAACAAAAAACUGCACUCAAGUACUCCAAGACGCUCUCUGAUCACUUUAAUAUCUCUGCUCAGAAAACACACGACCCCUCUUUUUCAACUUCAAAAUCCUCUGACACGCCGUCCCCCAUGCCCAACCUGCCCUCUCCAGCCAACACAUCCUCCAGCUCAGGUCCAGGCUCCAACCACAGUGGCAGUGGGUUGGUUGUGGACGCCAUCGGCAGCACCGUGGCGUUUCCCCAGGCUAUCGAACGUGUGGCUUUCAACUACGUCAACAUCACCACCUUAUUCCUGAGCGCUCAUGACAUCUGGGAGCAGGCCGAGGAGCUGGCACACAAAGGCAGCGGUUUGCUGACAGAGCUGGACACAGUUAUUGGUCCGUUGAGCCUGACGUCCAGCAUGAGCUCUAUGGUGCGUUACACCAGACAGGGGGUCCACUGGCUGCGUCUGGACAGCCUCAAGGUGAAGUGACCAACAAGCUGCUCCUGACCUCCUGCCCAUCCUUCGCGCUGCCUCUCACCACCUUCACUUCUCUGCAGCGAGUUAGAUAUUGAGCUGGACUUUCCCUCAUGGCGUGUGCAGGUCGUAUUUUUCUUUACAUGGAUAUGAACUCAUCUCAUCAUGAACGCAGAUGUUGUCUCAUGUGUGUCCUCGACGAUAUUCGCUGAUCGUUGCACUUGUUUUUUUGUCUUCUGGCUUCAUUGUUUUUUCUCUCUCUCUCUGGCACUUUUUAUAAACCAGGAUUACAUCUGCUGUAAUCCACAUAUUUCACGUCUUGCACAUUAUGUUCCUCAAUCUGCAUUUAAAAGUCAAGCCUUUGUUAACUAACCAUCAUAUAUAUACCACUUGAAGGCUCUAUUAUAUACCGCAGCAUUAUCAUGUGUUUGGGUGCAGGUACUGACACCAAAUCUUUCUCUAUUAUUUUUUUGCUACCAUAAUUGGUAAACAAUAGCUUCUGAUUAGGCAGUAAUCUGGAGACCCCCCUUCAUGUUAACUUAUAUUACACCUACCCUGCAGUAAUUAAAAACGCGAUCCACUGUCCUCUUUCACUCUGAAAUAUUACUUUGAUUGGAUUCAGGGAUUUCGUUUUGUAUUUAAUUUUCCAUUAUUUUUUUCUUCACAACAAAUAUAUUUUUCUUCUUUGGCAACAAUCACUAUAAAGAUUCAGAGAGAUUCAGAUGUUCAUGAAAUCCAGUGCUGGUACCAUUUUAUUGUAACAUUUGUACCUGUAACUCAAUCCAAUCCUGUCAGCGUUAAGUCGGAAAGUGCACGAUAUAUAAUCGCCUUUCAGUCGUAUAAUUGUAGUUGAUCCUUAAGUUGCAUUUGUGUUUUCAGACUUCCUCAAUCGGAUAAGGAAAAAAUACAAAAACUCUGUGCCCUUCUGUUCGCCCUCUCAGGACAAAACACAGGUUGAAUGUAAGUGGAGUCAUCUUUUUGAGGUUGUGGCUCUUCAACAUAAAUGAAGUCGGAACACUUUCUACAUAGAAAUCAUGAAAUGAGGAAACGAAGGAAAGUUUGGAACGGAUCAGGGAAGAUACACCUGUAUGAGAUUUUUAGAUUGACUGGAAAGCUGUGAGGUGUGCCCAUGGACGAAUGAAGAAGUUUGCAUCGAUCAUGUGUUAGCUUAGCAUCGGCGCAAAUUCAAAGCAUUAGCAUUUCUUCUGACAGCUUACCUGUUGUCCCGCUGCCCUGCGUCUUGGUUUGUGUCUGAGUGGAUGUUGAUCAGAAAUGUUUGAGAUUUGAUGGACUGUAGACUCACGUUUUGGCUUGGUGGGGGUGGAAGAGAUGACUUGGCUGACAAGUGUGUCAGACCAAAGCAGACAAAAAUGUUAUUCUCAUCAUCCUGUUAAAAAAAAAAAAAAAAAAAAAAAAUUCUGCACUUGUUCCCUCCUUCUAAAGGAAAAAAAAAAUCAAAUUAAUUCACUUUCUGUGUUGUGACUUGCCAGACCCUAAACAGGAGGGAUACAUUCGACAUCCCUGACUUUCUUUGGAUAAAGUUUUGGAUGUAGUGGUUCCAAUUGGCCGUUUUUUUUUUUUUUAGUUACCUUUCAAGUGUAGUGGAGCUGCUACAGUCGUUAAACAGAUCUGAAACUACAGUCGUGUUUCCUUUCUUUGUUUGUGCACCAGUAAGCUGCGCUCCUCGGUUCCCCACACUUUGGUUAAGCAGCAAAUGUUGAGUUGCAAAAAUGUCAACUUAACCUGUGGGAGUAGAUUGAAAUGGCCAAAAACGACAGCUGACUAAAGAAUGCACUUUGUUUUAAUAUGUGUCGUAGAUUUCAGAGCGUUAUGAAACACAAGGACACGAUGAUGUCGUUGUUUACUUGUGUUGACUCUUUGUUUAGUGUCACUUUGCCUCAAAGCAAUAAGACUGUUUCGUUGGCUCACAUUUUUGAGUGAGAGGGUGACGCAUUGAUACAAACGGGGACACAAAAAUCAAAGAGAAUCAGUAUAAAACAGUGAGGUGGGGUUAGAUUAGGGUUCGACAUGUUGGCCUGUAUAUUGAGUUGCUGUGUCUGUAUUCAUCCACCAUAAAAGGGCUAAACGAAGAUCACAAAGUGGUCGUGACUUUUUUUCCUGACAUAAACAAAAAGUAGUAUUUUUUUAAUUAACAAGUUCACCGGUGCCAUGGUGUAUGGGAUUAUUUUUUACGUAGAGUUUCUUACCACAAAUGUCUUCACUGCUAAUUAGGUAAAUAUGGCUCCAUCCAUUCAUGAACAGUGCAACUGUAACCAUUUUCUUUUUUUUUUUUUGUCUUUUUUUGUCUUUUCCAACCUGUGGCUUUGUUUCCGUCAUCCUUAACUGUCGGUGCUUAAUUUAUGAAUUAAUCUGCAACAAGUUUACACUUCUUGUCCGAAUAAUUACUUACUGGAAAAAUGUUCAGAACGAUUUUUGAAGGAUGCCUUUUUUUCAUUUUGUGAAAUGUGUAAAGAAUUUGUGUUGCAGUGUACAGAGAUGAAUAAACACUGGAAAUGAA